AUGUUGGAACUCUAUGAACAAAACCGAUUGCCAACUUCCCAGUGUGGUGAAGUUGAAGUAAGUGCUGCAGCGGGGAGUACUCAGCGGGCAUCAUCAAGAACUUUAUCUAGCAGUGAAGAAUAUCCAACAACUAUUAGUUAUUCUCAGGCUAGUUGUACAACUUCAAGAACCUUAAAGCCUGCAUCAACUAAGCCAGUGUCUGAACAUUCAUUAGCUGAUAAUCAUUGUGGAUCUUCCAGAAUCACCCAAAAUCAGAGUAAUGACUGGGGACAUGCAGAGAUGGAAAAUACUAUUGAUGACAGUGCAUACGGUGAAUUUAAAGAUGAUCUACACCCUGAACCCGAGAAAUUUUCUUACCAGAACAAGGGAGAAGCACAAAGCACAUUGAGGUUUGGGUCAGAUGCUCUUGGUAAAGAAGAUCAAGAGAGGACUGUUGUGAGGAAUGAAACAAGAGAUGUUGCGGACAUAAAGGACAAGCAUUCUAGCCGAAAAUUGGAACAUAGAGGAGGUUUAGUUAGCCAGUCACCCCAGGAAGCUAUCAAGAAGAUUGACAAAGACAAGGUAAAGGCAGCCCUAGAGAAACGAAGGAACUCCCGUGUAGGCACGACUCGGAAAACUGAUUUGAUGGAUGAGGAUGAUCUGAUUGAGCGAGAACUGGAAAAUGGAGUUGAAUUAGCUGCAGAGAAUGAGAAAAACAAGCGCGACCGGAGGCAGAGCUGGUCUAGAUCCUCAGACAGACAGGAAUAUGAGAACUCACAUUUCGAUAAACAUCAAGAGGAUGCUGGAGACAGCCACGGACAAAUGAGAGGACAGUCAUCACGCAGAUUAGAUUUCGGUUAUGCUGAAGAUGGGGAGGUCUCAGUGCCUCGCAACCUUAGCCGGGGUUCUCAUUCACCCAAGUCAAGCAGCCGCAAGCGGAAGGUUGGAAGCUCUCCUGAUAGAUCAUCAGAGGGAAAGUUGCGGCACAGUUAUGGUUCUGGGUCCAAUCAUUAUAAUCAUCAAGAUUAUGUUGAAGAUCGGAACCGGAUGGGCCGGCUUGGUUAUAUGGAGAGAGAUCAGAAAAGGCACGUGCCAGAAAAUCUUGUCUGA